UUUUUUUUUCAUGACGGUCCGAAACUGCACAGAGAUUUGGAAUAUUACAUUACAGCCUUGCAGAGCGAAAGAUGGCGACUGUCAUUCAUAAUCCAUUAAAAUCGCUGGGUGACCAGUUCUAUAAAGAGGCCAUUGAACACUGUCGCAGCUACAACGCCCGCCUCUGUGCUGAGCGCAGCGUGCGAAUGCCCUUCUUGGACUCGCAAACUGGCGUGGCACAGAACAACUGCUACAUCUGGAUGGAAAAGCGCCACCGCCGACCAGGCCAGGCGGCGGGGCAGAUGUAUACGUACCCCGCUCGUUGCUGGAGGAAAAAGAGGCGACUCCACCCACCCCUGGAUCCCCAUCUCCGCCUGUGUGAGCUCCGGCUAGAAGCUGACCUGGCGCCCAAACGUGAGGGGCCUCCGGGGGAGGCCACCGCCCUGGAGGCGCUGUUGAGAGGGGACAACGCAUUGGAGAAAAAAAACAACCUCAGUAAAGAUGAGGAGACGCUUCUGGAAAUACAGAGAGUUCUGGAGGCAGAGGAAAAUGGGGACAGUUUCCACGAAGAUGAAGAGUUUGAAGCCGAUACGCCAAAGAAAAAGAAUAGGAAUAGAGGCAAAAGCAGAGGAUCAACUCGCAGAAGGACAGAAUCUGUUAAUGCAGAAGACCUGGAUAAACCUUACAUCUGUGACAAUAGGUACAAACAAAAGCAUAACUCAAAAAAGGCUGAAGAAGUCUGUGGGAAGCGCUACAAGAACCGUCCGGGCCUGAGCUACCAUUACACCCACACUCACCUGGCCGAGGAGGAAGGCGAAGAGGAAAAGGACGCAGCGACGGCUCCGCCGUCGCCUCACAGCUCAGACAACCAUAAACCUCAGAAGGGCUCUGAUGGAAGCAUCAUUCCCAACGACUACUGUGACUUCUGCUUGGGAGAUCAGGACGCCAACAGGAAAACGGGGCAGGCAGAGGAGCUGGUGUCCUGCUCCGACUGCGGUCGCUCUGGUCACCCCACAUGUCUGCAGUUCACAGAGAACAUGAUGCAGGCGGUCAGGACGUAUCAGUGGCAGUGCAUCGAGUGCAAGUCCUGCAGUCUGUGCGGAACCUCCGAGAACGAUGACCAGCUGCUGUUCUGCGAUGACUGCGAUCGGGGAUAUCACAUGUACUGCUUGAAGCCUCCGAUGACCCAACCUCCUGAAGGGAGCUGGAGCUGUCACCUGUGUCUGGACCUGUUAAAAGACAAGGCCUCGGCUCACAUAGAAGCAUAAUAGAAAUCAUCGGAUUCUUCACAUACACACAGCACCAUGGAAAAGCAUUGCUACCCCUUCAGAGACCACUUUAGAAAACCUUGAAAAGUGUGGCAUGCCCCAAAUCCAAACUUUAGUUUGACUCUUUUCACUUUUUGGUUAGCCAAGUCCACACUCAAGUCUCUUGAUGACACCAUUCAUCUGGCAUCUUCUGGUGGCUUUCCUAUCAACAAAUCUAACAUUCUCGCCUCUGGGUGGGCAGCCCUCAGCACCGCCUUGGCCGACUGGUUAUGUUUUUAUAAUCUUUUUCUAUCUCAACCUUAUUGAUAUUAAAAAGUAGCCGAGUUUUGAAGGAAAAUCUGCCGCACUGGAUUUUAUUUAGCGAUAUCAAUGUAAAGGGGUUCGAUAAUACAAAUGCAUUCCACACAAUACAAACUUUUACUUGAAAAAAAAAAUUAAUCAUUUGCUUUUCCUCCCACUGCAAUUAUGCACUACUUUGUGUUGGCCAAUCAAAAAAAAAAAAAAACUUUAAAUGAGGACGUUACUUUGGCCGAUUGUGGAAACUUUUCUGCCAUUUUUAGCCGGGCACGGUACACAAUAAGUGUUUGUGCAUACUUUUUGCAGUUUGGUGGAGCCACACAUGUGGAGGAAACUUUCUCGACAGAAUUUAAAACCCACACAGAGAUCGCAAACAGCUCUUGAAAAAACGCCUCAUGCACGCAUUCCAGUACAUUAGCAGCUUCCUGUUUAAGAAGACAAACCGUUUACCUCUCGUGUAGCCAAGCAACUCUCAACAGAUGCACAUGUCAUCAGCGUGCAACCUCGACCGCAGGUCAGCGAACAGCAGGUCUACCGUUCAAGCACAUCUCUACCUCACCACCCAGUGGACGUCAAGGAUCCAAGGCAGAACCGAUAGCCCGCCGUUGUUUUUUGGUUUUCUUAAGAUAUACGUGACAAGUGUUUAGAAGGUGUCUGCUUCGGCGUGUCACUUCUUUUCCUCUGCUGCUCUGCGGUUUCCAGCCAGGAGAAAGCUGAGUGAGUUUGACUGAUUUCUGUUUAAACUUCUCCCUCCAGCUCCGCUCCGAUGUUUAGACUCUGCAGUGACAUUCCUGGCUUAUAUCUGGGAAGGCUCUGCACUACACUUCCCAGGUUUUCACCGGGUCGUGUCAAACCUCGGAAAUUUACGUGCAGAGCCGAAAGGAAAUGAAGGGACUGAAAACGUUUUGAUUAUUGUUUGUUUUGUUUGUUUUUUGUAAUCAGCGUCUGUCUUCUGUAUCCUUAGAGUUAGUGUUAUUUCUGGUGCUCAGCAAACAGAUGAUUUCACCUUUCUUUAUAAUUACGUAUUUAUAUAUUGCUGAUAAUCGCUAAGUCAUGCUGUCAAUGACCUCAUUCACUCUAAAUCACGGAUUCCCAAACACUUACUGUUCCCAUCUCAACAAAAGACUAUUUAUAGCACAACUGCGUCAUCUUUUACAGAUAAAUUAUACCAUUAGUUCCAUUUACAAGACAACACUGCUUAGAUUAUGUCCAAAGCAUAAGUAAAUAAAGACAAACAAAUUGUAAAAUAUGACUCAUCAGCUGUAUUAUCACUAAGCUAACGCUUCACUCCAUCAGAUUGUUUAAUUUCACACAUAAUACUGGAUUCUGUUAAUCCCAAAGACGACGCCUCAUUAAUUAACGCUGAUUCCUAAUUUUUAUGGUGGGAACCAUUGCAAUACUGCUAACUAAACUCUAGUUCUGAAAAAAUGUGUUCUUCAUUAUAAACUCUCAUAGCAAUUGAGAUUUAGGCAAGACUUCUUGGUGAAGAGGAGCAAAAGCUGCUGAAAUAUGCAGCUUACGAAACAAAACCCUCAGGCGAAGAUGUAUAGAAAUGAUUCAUCGCUACACAUUUAUCCUUUUUUUUUUUGCAGAAGUAGAAACUCGUGCUGGAAGUUUGGAAAAGAAAAAUCUUGACUUUGAAUAUAUUCAGUCGGGAAAAAGACAUUAAGAAAUCCUUCUUGCUGAAGCAAUCAUUGGUGCCACAAUAAUUGGUAUGUCUGUUAUUAGUUUUAUUUUUAUUAUUUUGCACUUAGAAAACCUGAGGCAGCUACAGACGUUGGUUGCUUAAACAUUUCUGGGUUUAUUUGUCUCCUAUUCAUAUCAUAAUCUCAAUGAAUGUUGUGUUGAGUUUCAGUUCAGACAGAGUCUGCCAGAUUUUUUAAAAUAAUAAUCAGGGAACAAGAGAGUCAGGCCCACAACAUCACAGAUCUUCCACUUCAAGGUGUUUUUUUAAGUGGAAAUAAAAAUAAAAAUGUAUUUGGUAACAUACCUACUUAUGUACUGAUCAUGACAAAUUGCGACAAAAGAAACACAUUUCCAAAUCAUUUUCUUAAAUAUAAAACUUUUUAAGCUAAUGUUUACAGUACAAAAUGUAUAUAUAUGUAAGUAUUUCUAGUGGCAAUAGUGUUUACUGUAUCUUUUUUGACCUACAAAUGGCACAACAGGCUUGGCAGACGGAAAAUUAUGUUAAAACAAAGCUUUUGUACAAACAAGAGGUAUCACUUCGACAUAACCCCUAGGUUUGUCUCUGUGUCUCAAAUAUUUUUGGUGGACAUAUGUUUGUUCUUCAUCCUGUGAAGUUACUCACACUGGGAAGAGUAUGCAGAAAUUUUACUGAAGUAAGAGUAGUGAUACUUCAUAUUAGUAUUAUUUAAGCAAAAGUAAAAAGUCUGGCAUAGUAAAACUACUCCUAAAAGUAAUUGUUUUCUGAAAAGUUACUAUAAUGAACAUAUUCCUCUGUGGAUUACUUGAUUCACUUUGAUGUGGGAUUUCCUCUGCUGCAAAAUAAAUGGACUCAAAUUUCCCCCAUUGUUAAUAUUAUAUUAGCUGAGACGAAUAUAAUAAAUAAAUCCAGACAAAAGAUGGAUUUAUUUGAAAAACCUUCAAGCAUUCUAACCAGAGGAUGCGGUGAGUUUGAAGGGAUGUGUGGAUCAAAUAUUCAACUAUCUGGAAUAUUUUGUCCUUUAAUUGCAGUCUCUGUUUCGUCUUUUAAAGACCAAAUAAGCAAAUGCAGCAUUUUAACAUGCUGAACAAGACGUGCUUAAUGCCCACUGCCCAGAUAUGCUUGUCUCCAAAUAAGUCUGUCCAAUAAGCAAAAAAGGAAGAAAAAAAAAGGGAAAAAAUUAAAUAUUGUAUUUGUGUCUCAUUGUUGUGUGUUUGUUUUUGAUACUGCCUUCCACGGACAAUCAAACUGUAGCAUAUAAUUAGUAUAUUAAUAACAAUGAAAGAUUUCUUAUGGCUAAUAAAAUCUGCGUUUUUUUUUUUAAA